AUGUUUGCCGUUCCAGGAUGGACGUUGUCAGCCGACAAGCUGCGGGCGGAGACGGUGAAGCUUGCGCCUGCUGACCAGCCAGCGGUUGCACCGCCCUCGGCAACGGAUGCAGCGCCGGGUGACGGGCCAAGCAAGAAGCGCAAGCGGCCAGGCCGUGGGCCCAAGGUCACCGACGACAAUGUGGCGGACCUUUGGGAGCGGGUGAUUGAGAAGAAGAAGAGACAGGGAAAAAAGGCCGAGACGGCGGCAGCGGAGCAGGACAGCAGCGAGGCCAAGCAGCCCGAGGCAGUCCAGCAGCCGGAUGCGGUGCAGCAGCCCCCGGCAAAGAAAGCCAAAAAGGGCGAAAAGACAGCAGUCAGCAAGGAAUCGGUCGAGGAGAAGGCAUCAGCAGUAGCGGUAGCAGAGCCAACAAAGAAAGCACCAAAGGCACAGGACAAGCCGGCCAGGGAAGCAAAGGAGCGAACGGCGACAGCACCGGUGUCUGUCAAGGGUGCAGAGGAAAAGCCAGCAGCAGCCAAAGAGCAGCAGCAGCCACAGGAGAAGAAGGGAAAGAAGGCACAAAAGGGCGGCGACAACAAAGAAAAGGCAGUGGCCAAGGGGCCGUCUGUGGACCAAGCCGGCCAGUCGCCCGCCAAGAAGGAGCAGCAGCAGCAGCAGAAGCAGCAGAAGCAGCAGAAGCAGCAGAAGCAGAAACAGGCCAGGACAGCAGAAGUAGCAGCAGAAGCCGCACAGACGUCUUCGGCACUGGCGACGACGACGAAGAGCACAGCGCCGGCGUCGAAGCUGACGCCGCUGCAGGCGUCGAUGCGGGCGAAGCUGGUGUCAGCGCGGUUCCGGCACCUCAACGAGACGCUGUACACGCGGCCGUCGAAGGAGGCGCUGCGGUUGUUUGCCGAGGCCCCGGACAUGUUCCAGGCCUACCACGAGGGCUUCCGGCAGCAGGUGGCCGUGUGGCCGUCGAAUCCGGUCGACACGUUUGUCGAGGAGGUGCGGCGACGUGCGGGCAAGGCCGUGAACGGGGGCAAGGGCGGCAAAAAGGCGCCCAUGUUUCGGCGCGGCAACGCCAAUGCGACCGGUCUCGGCGACACGCUGCCGCGGACCCGUGGCACUUGCCACAUUGUCGACGUGGGCUGUGGCGAUGCACAGCUGGCGGCAUCGCUGGCACCGACGGCUGACCGACUGCGCGUGCAGGUGCGGAGCUAUGAUUUGCACGCGGAUCCAGCCAACCGACACGUCACGGCAGCAGCUGACGCGGCCAACCUACCGCUGCCGGCGGACACGGCCGAUAUUGUGGUGUUCUGUCUGGCACUGAUGGGCACCAACUGGCUCGACUUUGUCGAGGAGGCGUACCGGGUGCUCCGCUGGAAAGGCGAGCUGUGGGUGGCCGAGAUCAAGAGCCGGUUUGCCGGUGCGGCCGAGCUGCGGGCUGGCCUCAAGAAGCGCGGUGCCGGAGCUCCCGUCUCGCACAGCGUGGGCUACCGGCGCAAAACGGCCGGCCGUGGUGGUCUUGGCGGAGGAGGGAAGAACGGCAAGGCCGGUAGGAACGAAAAGGCCGACGAGGACGACCCUGAGGCUGUCGCGGCUGCUCUCGCCGAGGUCGACGGCUGGGACGAGGCCGGCGGCGCGACUACGGACGUUUCGUCGUUUGUCAAUGCGCUCCGGCGUCGCGGCUUCGUCCUCGAUGACACCGGCGCCGGCUCGGCCGAUGCCGAAGGCUCGCCCGCUGCCGCUGCCAAGUCGCCCGCCGUCGACCUCGACAACAAGAUGUUUGUCCGGAUGCGCUUCCUCAAGGCUGCCCCGGCUGUCGUCGGCAAGCUGGCCGCUCCAGGCACCGGCGACGCCGCCAGAAAGAAGCCCAAGUUCCUCGACAGCACCAACCUCUCGCCCGAGGAGGCCAUGGAAGACCCCGCCUUCGAGGCCAAGAUCCUCAAGCCGUGCGUCUACAAGCUGCGGUGA